GUUUGCAGAAGAGCUUAGUCUCCAUCAUCGAGGCUGCAAAGAAAAAAGAGGAGCGGGGAGAAAAGAGAGGAGGAGGAGGAGGAGGAGGAAAGGGGUGCACACGAGGUGGAUCGCAGCCGAUCAGCCGGCCGGAGUGGGCCCGAGCGCACCGCAGCCCUCCGGGGGCUCUGCCUGCCGCCGGUAAGCGCCCCGGACGCCCCCUUUCCCUUCCUUUCCUCCGCCCCCGCUGACCACAUUUCUCCCCCGACACAAUGCAAGGCGUCUGGUAGCGCUCCGGCCUCCCUCGCGAUGUGAGUCCAGUGCAGGAGGCGGCCAGGCGGGAGAGGCAUCGGCAGGGGAGGGACGAGGGGGGGCUAUGUGGUGUCCGCGACACCCGGGGAUCUGCUGAACCAUGAUGAAGACCGAGCCCCAUUCCAGUCCCGGCGGCAGCAGCAGUGGCAGCAGCGGCGGCGGCGGCAACGGCAGUGGCUUAAGGAGUGCCUCCCCUCACCGGAACGCCUACGAAGCCGGCAUCCAAGCCCUGAAAGCCACAAAGGAUGCCCUUGGCAACCCUGACAGCGAGGAGGCCAAGAAAGCGGCCCGCAACAAGAAGUAUGGCUCCAACGUCCACCGGAUCAAGAACAUGUUUCUGCAGAUGGGGACGGCGGCCCCGCCGGGCGAGGGGGCGGUGGACCUGUCCAAGAUGAAGGAGAAGCCCGUCCGCUUGUCCUUGCCCCGGGCCAGCAGCCUGAAUGAGAAUGUGGACCACAGCGCCUUGCUGAAGCUGGGCACCAGCGUGUCCGAACGGGUCAGCCGCUUCGACUCCAAGCCGGACAAGCCUCUCUCCAAGCUCCAGGAGACCCGCAAGAUCUUCGAGAGGAGCCUUCAGGAGAAGGAGACCACCAACAAGCUGCUCCUGAGGAAGGAGAGGGCUGGCUUUCAGGACAGGAAGCUGGACGUGGUGGUCAGGUUCAACGGCAGCACCGAAUCGUUGGACAAGCUGGACACUGAGGCCGUCUCGCCCACUGUCAGCCAGCUCAGCGCUGUCUUUGAGAAGGCCGACCUGAGGAACAACUUGCACAAGCCCCCUGGCAAAGUCGGGCCCCUCAACUCUAAGAUUGUCAGCAAGAGGUCCAGGGUUUUCCUCCCGGCUCCCGAAGGGGCCAAGGUGGAAGGACGGGGUAGCGAUGGGCCUGUCCUCCAAGUAAGGGGCAGGCUACCAGAGGCUGACAAAAACCAGACCAAACUUCCUGCCGGCGGCCCAGCAGUUGUCAAACAGGGUGACAAGGACAAUAACGUGGGCCUGCGUCCCCAAAAGGUCCAAGAGGUGCGGAAGAUAAAGCCUGUGGAAGUGGAGGAGAGCGGGGAUUCGGAGCAGGAAUUUGAGGCAGCAGAGGUGGCGGUGGCGGCCGCUGAGGAGCUCAGCAAGGCCUCCAAAGGGUCUGACACCACCAGGGCCGAAGUGAUCCAGGCGGAGGUCACUGUGCAUGCGGCCUUGGAAAAUGGUGGACAGGCUGGUGAGAGACACCUAGAGACUCCAAACCCACUGGCAGAUGCUUACACUGAGGUCAAGGCUGAGGGACCAGAGGAGAAUGACCUGGGUGAUGAGUCUAAGAAGGAGGACUUCUCUGAGGCUGACUUUGUGGACAUUAGUGCCUACAGCGGGCUGGGGGAGGACUCGGGAGGUAGUGGGCUGGAUGAAGAUGAGGAUGCCGACGGACUGUAUGCACCAGAAUCCAGCUGCCUGGAGAUCCCUGGGCUGUCGGAGGAGGAAGAGCCUGCCCCCAACCGCAAGAUCCACUUCAGCACAGCCCCCAUCCAGGUUUUCAGCACUUAUUCCAAUGAGGAAUAUGACCGGCGGAAUGAAGAUGUUGAUCCAAUGGCUGCCUCAGCAGAGUAUGAACUCGAAAAGCGAGUGGAGCGGCUAGAUCUCUUUCCUGUGGAGCUUGAGAAAGAUUCUGAAGGACUCGGGAUCAGCAUCAUUGGAAUGGGAGCUGGGGCCGACAUGGGACUUGAAAAACUCGGCAUCUUUGUCAAGACGGUGACGGAAGGAGGAGCAGCUCACAGAGAUGGCAGGAUCCAAGUGAACGACCUUAUCGUCGAGGUGGACGGCACCAGUUUGGUGGGCGUGACCCAAAGCUUUGCAGCCUCAGUGCUGAGGAACACCAAGGGUAGAGUCCGAUUCCUGAUCGGCAGGGAGAAGCCAGGAGAGCAGAGUGAAGUGGCACAGCUGAUCCAGCAGACCCUGGAACAGGAGCGAUGGCAACGGGAAAUGAUGGAGCAGAGAUAUACUCAAUACACCGAGGAGGAUGAAGAAACGGGAGAAUAUGCGACAGACGAAGACGAGGAGAUGAGCCCCAUGUUUCCCAGUAGUGAGAUGGCCAUUGAGGUCUUUGAGCUGGCUGAGAAUGAAGACAUGCUGUCUCCUGUUGAGAUGGAUCCUGAAAAGCUUGUGCAUAAAUUUAAAGAGCUCCAGAUCAAGCAUGCUGUGACUGAGGCUGAAAUACAGCAGCUGAAAAGAAAGCUGCAGUCCAUUGAACAAGAGAAAGCCCGCUGGCGCCUCGAGAAAGCCCAGCUAGAGCAAAGUGUGGAAGAGAACAAGGAGCGGAUGGAGAAGCUGGAGGGCUACUGGAUGGAGGCCCAGAACUUGUGCCAGGCUGUGGACGAGCACUUGAAAGAGACCCAGGCUCAGUACCAGACCCUGGAACGGAAGUACAGCAAAGCCAAGCGGCUCAUCAAGGAGUACCAGCAGAAGGAGAUUGAAUUCCUCAAGAAAGAGACAGCUCAGCGGCGCGUACAAGAGGAGUCCGAGCUGGCCCACAAGGAGGAGGUUGACAAGCUGCAAGAGAAGAUCUCUGAACUGGAGGCGAAGCUGCAGACUUUGAAAAAUUCCAACCCGACUUAAAAACAAAAAAGAGCAGAAAAAAAACAUAUAAACAAACCAGAGCAAUUAAUUCUUCUUCUUCUUCUUGUUCUUACUACUACUAUUAUUUGCAAGGGACAUCUGUAGACAUUUGUCCCACUUGUGCCCACUCUUUAUCCUUUCCCUGUCCUUUGCUUGAUACCCUAUUUCCCCACAGGGAAGCUAAACCCAACACAACAUGAAUCUCCGCAGAGAGGACAGCCAGUCACUUUGCAUUCUUGGGGAGGUUGCAGGAGAGAGACCAAGGUCAUGAAAGAGUGGGUGGGUAACUUUCAGUGUGUUGAGGGGAGGACUGCAGAGGCACAAUCCAGUCACCUCUCGAAGGGGGUGAAUCGUUGUUCAGUUUCCAUGUCCAGUGUACGUCUUGUGUCAACUGGAUGGAAGGACCAUGGAGGGCGGGGAGGUGCCAGUCCCAUAUGUCCAGCCAUUAUGUGUCUCCUCUCCCAUCCACCUGAUGAAAAACCUGCACCAUAAGAUCAGGACUGAGACGUCCGGCUGACCCCCGAGCCCCCCAGACUUCUCCACAUUGUCUUCUCAGCCCUCCAGUUGCACAGGUGGCGAGCUGCAAUGCGGCAGGACUCAGCUGGUGAGAAACGAGACCAGCUCUUUCUGUUUCAUUUCCCGGAUUUUAAAUCUUUUGGGGGAAGAGGUGGGGGGGGACAAAGGGCGGGGUAAUUGUUGGGGCUUUGGGGUUGGACGAUCUUGCCUUUAAUUUCCCAUCCUUUUGGACAAUAUGGAAUACAUUAUUCUCUAUGUUUCGUGCAAUGGUGGGAAAUAUGUCUGUGUAUUUUUAUUUUCUUUUUUACGGAGGAGGUCAGGAGGAGAUUUUGCUGGCUGUCGGCUUUGGGGCUGUGAAGAGGUUCAAACCUCCUGAACUCUUGCUAGCAACUUAAUGGACUUUGACACUGGGAAGAGAAUAUUUUGCCUUGUUUUGUUUUUUCUCUAUGUUACAUUCUCAUUCACAUCAUCUGGGAUGAUUUUCUGGGAGUUUUUUUUGAACUGGACGCUCCUGGGAAAGUUGAGCAUUCAAACCUAAGAUCCAAGCGCAACCACAUGUCAGAUAGCUGUAGCCAUCAACCAAGACCUUUUAGGCAACCAUGGAACGGAGCAGAGAAGAACCUCUUUCUCCUGGAAGGAAGAACUUUCUCUGCCUACUUUAGCGAGCCACCCGUUUCCCUGUUUCUGCACCAGCUACUCUGCAGUUGACAGAAGGAGACCCAUGAAGCUUCUCCACAGGUUGCUCACGCGUUGAGGGUCAGCAGUGCUGCUGUCAGCACCAGGGUCUGCUGAGGAGGAGGUGGCUGUUUACAGCUGGGCAGCAGCAAAAAGAAAAAGUAAGCUCCUCUUCCGCAAAAGGCACGGUGAAUCCUGGGUCAUUCAACGAUAAAAGUCAUUGCCUGGCAUUUUUUAAUUCAGGAGCCUGGCCUACAUUCCAGAGCAUAGGAGAGGCUGAACAUGUAUGCUCCUCAUUUUACAUCACACACACCCAAAUUCCAGGGACUAAACUCCCACAGGUCCAUUUUAGUUCUGGACCUGGCACCUGCAGUUGGCCUGCAGUCUCUCUUAGAAGCAGUGCAAUGGUAUCAGAGCAGUCUGUUCAGAUUCCCACUCUCUAGCUUCAGAGUCUUUCCUUUUCCAGAAGAGCAGCUGAGAUCAUUAUUAUCAGCAGCAGGGCCCAAAGCACUGUGGCCUCAUAGUGACUGCCUAGGUCACUGUGAAAUGAGCUUUCCUGAGAAGUAGCUCAACCUCUGCCAGAGGCUGCCGGCUCAUCAGAAACGCUGCCAUUGGUCUCUAAUGUGCCACCAUGCUUUGAGUCGGCAUCUUCUCAGUCUCCUGCCUCACCUGUUUAAUCAGACAAGGGUGGAAUUGUAUAACUGCACUUUCCCCAGUCCCACAUAAUGAGGUACUAUUGGUAAUCCUAGGUGAUAUCACUUUAACCAUGUCGCAACAUCACACACACCCAACAGGGAGACUGGGGAGGCAGCACUUUGCAAAAUAUUGCCUGCAACACUUGAAAGCUGCUUUUGCCCACGGCUGGCGUUAAAGGUGUGUGGAAUCCCCACAGCAGCACUGGAAUGUGCAGUGCUGGGGUGAUGAUUCCACGUGACUGUGACCCAGCAAUCGCCUCCAACUGCAGGAUUCAUGUUUGAAUCAGUCCUCAGAGAACAAGUAAAGAAGCUUAUCCACUGCUUGAAAUAGAGCAGGAUGAACCCCUCAACAAAAAGACAUCCAAGUUCUGUCUUUUCUUGUUUCUCCUACCAAUUUCUAUCAUGGUUGCCUUCCUGGAAAAUAUUCUUCCUCUUGGCCACCAGGACCCCUUUGCAGGCAUGGGGCUUCAGUGAUCACCCACUUUUGGAAUUAACAUGGGCAGCCGUGAACAGGACUCACAGGGGAGAAUCUCCAAACUGUGCCAGUGGAAGUGUCAGUGUUCACUAUCUCUUUCAGCUGCUCUCUCAGAUAUUCAAAUUAACUGGAUACUCUAAAAAUGGGUGCAAAUCCAUCAAAGCUUCUUUCCCUCCCCCCGCCCCCCCCCGGGAGGGAGCCACCUGCUGCUUCAUUGACAUUCCCUUCAACAGUAUUUUUUCUGGCACAGCUGUUAGCUGUGUCCUCUGGGCUCUAGCUGAGCCUCUCACUUGCAGAGUGGGGCCUGAAUUGUAUUUUGUAAAGUGAGUGCUGGAAAAGUCACUUUGUUUCUCUCAAAAAGGGCCAAAAUUAUCCUUUUUCAACAGCCUGUACAUUAUUUUUCCCCUAGCAGUAUUGUUCUUAACAAGUUUUGUCUCUGAACUGGAAAAUUUGGAAAGUGUUCUCCUCUUUUUCUCCUAUGUGCUUCCCACGUUGAGGGGGUAUCCCUGACUUUAACUUGAGAGGUAUGCCCCUCUUUCACUGUUUACUUAUGGGGUGUACUGUUAGGAAGUGCAGAGAAGAGACUUUCCUUUGUAAUCUCACCUUCUUCCUCUGAUUCCGACAGUAACUGGAUGUGAGUUUCAGGGCCUACGUCAUGGAGGUGUUUGUGGUCAUUAGUCAAGCCUUCUUUUGGACAGCAGACUAACACUUCCUCCUCGAACUCUGAUUCGCAGCCCAGAAAUGUCCAGAUCCCAUAAUGAGAAAAUGCAGUUCCUUCAAGAGAGAAAUCUGCCAUGUUUCCUUAAUGUGUAUCAUGACUGCCAGGUAUGCUUGUUUGGUUUUUUCCCCUGUGGAAUUUGCAUUUCCUCCUUGAGGAACUUGGAUCUCAGAUGUACAGAAUCCACUGUUGUCCUCCUUUUUUUCCUUAUCCAGUUUGGCUGCUUUGUAACGGUGAAAACUGUUAUCCGUUGCCCCAUGGAAAACAAUGAGGCACAGGUGCCCUACUCAAGGCCCUUCCUGUGGGUUAGAUCACCUUUACAUACUUUUACAGGCCUUUUCUGCUCGCAGAUUAGUCUGGGGGGGGACCCAAAGAUGGGACUGUUUCCCUAGGCAUGCUUGUAUGAGCGGUUGGAGGAUUCUCAGUGUUGUAAUUGCUAAGCAGGGGACCUGGCUGUGGCAGUUUAUUCUGGAUUAAAUAAUCCAAAAUUAAAAGGUGAGAUGUGUCCAAGACUACUGUUUAUUCUGCGGUUGGGAAAACGGUUUGGGAGUCUAGAGGAGGAAUGCUUUUGCAUCCUCUUGACACUGCAGUGGUCAAAUUGUGUCCAGAAACCCAGACCUGCUAAAAAUACCGCCCACUUAAGAGAGGUUAAUUUGUUUCAUAGUGUUGAUGGAGUCUGCAGACUGCUUAGCCCGUUCUUUGGAUACAGCCAAGUCAUCCAGAGCCUUUAUCUCACUCCACACCCUUUGGACAACAACUACCAUUGUCUCCUGCCGAACGUGGAGCUUCUGGAUUGUUCAUGUCUACAGGGGCAGAUAAAACUGUGGCCUACUGCCCAUGAUGUUGUGGGAUUGCUCUUUCCUCCUUGAGGGCCACAGGGAUAGUCUCCCAAUAGUAAUAACAUGCACUUCCCACAUCCCCCGUAACCCAGGGUUUAGUAGAUAAAAUAGAUUUUUGCCCCAAAAGUUGGUCUAAGAAGUGUACAGUGUACUGUAAACAGUAAACAAAUGCAGGUGAGAAGGGGGGAAAUAUAUUGGGGGGAGGGGGGUUGAGAUGUAAUGUUCUGGAAAAUGAAUGAGUUAAAAAAGAAAUCAUCUUAAAUUUUAAUUUAAUCUCCUUUACACAGGUAUAAAUGUGUAUGUAUAUAAUAUAUAUAUGUAUGUAUGUACGUAUUGUUCCUGGUUUUGUAUUCCAAUUGUCCUUUCAUCCAGUCAUAUCAGAUAAACUGCAGGUCUUUGUUUCCACCCUGUUCAGUUUUUCGAACAUUGCUAUGUUCUCGGGGAAGAGGGAGCAUUUGCACAGUCAUGCACCAUCAGCAUUGUUCAUCAAGGCAACCCUCACAGUAGGAAGGGAGAGAAUGUCCCAUUGACAAAAUUGAUGGGAAGGAAUCAGAAGGUGAAAGUAUAAAAAUCCUCUUGAACUGGAUAACACUACAUAAUUUUCUUUUAAAAUCAAGAAGUUAAAGGACCUUCAGGCAUCAACCAAUAGAGAGCUGACAAUAAGAUGCGUUUACUUGAUGUUCUACAGCUUAAGUGUACAAUUUUGUGCUUGGUUGAUAGUGUAUCACGUGCUGCAAGACAUCAUUAACUUUA